UUAGUAUCCCCAGCACAGCCCAUCAGCGAUGAGUGUUCGCGUUUAGCAUUCGUUGGAGCUCCGUAUUUCGCGUAGAAUGGGUUACCGUAAUUACUUUCGAAAGUUUAGUAAUCGUGUAAAAUUGCCUUGCUGAAACGAACAAAAACGACUGUGCGUUUGGUGUGAUAAUUUCGAUGUAAAUUCGCUCUUGUUUCGGACCCCGCGAGUGUUGUGUUUUUUCAGUCCCCCUCCAUCGGUUCAGAAGCGAUAAAUCCAGGGAAAAUAAAGCGUAAGGAGCAGACUGUGAAAAUGGAGAACAUGAAAAACAAUUCCAUGAUAGAUACGCUGAAAAGCGAAGGAACCAUCAAUAGUAAUUCUGCCGCUUGUCAGCAGUCGUCGCUGAAAACGUCCAGUGGAGGAAGUCGACUACGAAGAGCUUUCUCCAUGUCCCGUAACCCGUUUCAAGUUGUCGUCUCACGGCAGCAAAGGGCAGUGGAAAAAUCCGGAACUGGCUCAACAACAGCAGCAGCAUCGACGAACGCAAGUGUUGUGACCUCGGAACAAAAUUCCAUCAAUAGCGGAGGUGGAACGGUAACAGGGGAAGACGGAAGUGGCAAUGAUCGCAAAAUGCAUGCUAACUCCGACGCCAAGAAUGGUUCCGAGAGGAAAAUCUUUAGGCGUUUAUCGGUGAAAAAGUUUAUCAAUCGCAUUGCACAACAAAUGACAUAUGUCAAUCUAGCUGGCAAUCAGAAGGGGGAUCGCGUCCCAGUAGCCCCGCCUGCAAACGGAUUCAUCUGGCCACCGGAUACGGUGCCCGGUGUAAUUGGGCUGCGUAAUCAUGGCAACACCUGCUUCAUGAAUGCUGUUUUGCAGUGUCUCAGCCACACCGACAUAUUGGCAGAAUAUUUCGUUUUGGAUCAAUACAAGGUGGAUUUAAAACGACGCAACAAGAUCAAUGCGAAAAAAUUCGGAACGAAGGGAGAAUUAACUGAACAGCUCGCGCUGGUGCUAAAAUCGCUGUGGAUGUGUAAGGAUGCCCCCGAGUACAGUUCGAGUUUUAAGGCCGUAGUGGACCGGUACGGUAGUCAAUUCCGGAGCUCUACCCAGCAUGACGCGCAGGAGUUCCUUUUCUGGUUGUUGGAUAAGGUGCACGAGGAUCUCAACACGGCUAGCAAGCGGAAGUAUAAGGCGAUAAAGAACAACUACGGCCGCUCGGACGAGGUGAUCGCCGCCGAAACGCUCGCGAACCACAUCCGGUGUAACAAUUCGUUCGUGCAGGCUGUUUUCCAGGCCCAGUUUCGAUCGUCACUGACCUGCCCGCGGUGCCAAAAGCAGAGCAAUACCUUCGAUCCGUUUCACUGCAUCUCGGUACAGCUACCGCAGCUGACCGUACAGCCGGUGUUCGUGCGGGUGAUUUACGCCUCCCAGCAGCCGAAACAGGUCCAGCUCGGGCUUGGUGUGCCGCAUGGAUCACCGGUCGUGGUCCUGCGGGAGCAGCUGCACGCCGACACCGGAAUCGCUGUGGACAGAAUGAUUUUGGCCGAAAUGUGUGAAACCGGUUUUACUCGAGUGUACUGUGAUUCUCAUUUGGCCUCGUCUAUGGGGGAUGAUGGAUCGGUGUACUGCGUUGAGAGCCCACCAACAUCCGAAGGAAUAACUCAGAUUGUGCUGUGCAUAAGUAACGCGAGAAGAGACGUUGUUAGUGGGGAGGUCCGACGAUUUGGAACUCCAUUUUGUAUAGCGGUUAAUCGCGAUGUGUCCUACAUUGAACUGCAAAAGGUGCUGCUGAAAGAAAUGUCCGCAAUAUUGAAGCCAGAAGUGUACGCUUAUAGUACACCACUGCAGGAAAUGUUCAGAAUGCGGUUGCAGGAUCCCUCUUGUGAUGCGGAUGCAUUUUUGGAGGCUACCGUCGAACAUCCGCUUUUCACGGAAAUGAUCGAUUUGGCCCUUUCGGUGCUACCGACAGAUGUCGGCCCAGCGCAUGUAAAACUCCUGAUCGAGUGGGUUAAUCCGGAACGUUUCUUCAGUGAUAUGACCGAUCCGUUUGUUGAACACGAAAGUGUCAGUCAAAUGAAGGAGAAAAUUCCGGCAAGUUCCUCGCUGACGUUGGAACAGUGCCUAGAACACUAUACCAAGGCGGAAACGCUCAGUGCUGAGGAUGCCUGGAGAUGUCCCCAUUGUCAGAAGUACCUACCGGUGGUCAAAACGCUUGGGUUGUGGUCACUACCGGAUAUUCUUGUGAUUCACUUCAAGCGUUUCCGACAGCAGCAACUGCGAGGGCCACAAGCUGCUAAGCUGACUACCCUAGUCAAGUUUCCGUUGAAUGGCUUUGACAUGACUCCUCAUUUGGCACGUGAUCCGAGCACAGAAAAUUCUGCCGCAAGCAUCGAAGACAACUGGAGCCCCUGGCGAAAGACAACCAAACGCCAAUCAACACAUUCCUCCCACCAACCAAAUUUUCCCCUUCAAACGAUGGAUAAUAGGUAUGAUCUGUACGCUGUGUGUUACCACCAAGGUGACACACUGGAAACCGGUCACUACACAGCAGCCUGUAAAAAUCCCUACGAUCACCAGUGGUACAAGUUUGAUGAUCAACGGGUCAAUCAGGUUCCGAACGAAUGCGUUCAAGAGGAGAUCGUCAACAACGAAGCUUACAUUCUAUUCUACCAAAGACGUAAAAUUGAUGGAUCAGAGUGUUCCGGUACCAGUUCUAGUUCUGGGGCCGAUCACUGGGUGUCGCGAAUUUCAGCUGCUCCACCGUUGGUAGGUGUGCCAGCAACGGAUCCGAAAGCAAAAGAAGAGAUAUCAAAACCAUCCGCCGUUCCUGUUCCCAUUCCUUCUGCCAAUUCAGGGGUAGCCGCCGUUCCAAAGAUUGCGAAAAUUGAAGAAACAACCAUAUUACAUUCCGAGAGUGAAAGUGAGAUUAGUGACACAGUCGAAUCGUCUCCUAAGGACGUGGUCCCGAGUGACAUUGUCAAAUUGGAGACCAAUAAUGCAGAAGCUAAAAUCCAAACUGUCGUUCAGGCUGAAGUUGAAGUUCAAAACUUCUCCCCUUCACCAGAGAAAUCUGAACCGACUGAAAAGUUACCAAGUCCCGCUGAAGAAGCAACGCAACCGAUGGUUGCAGCAGCAAAACUCGACGAAAAUCCAUCGAAUAUCGACACAUCUAGCACGACGUGCGUGGAGGAACCCCCCUCCCCCGAGUUACGAGAAAUCUCCGAUUUAACCAAUAAUAUAGAACCAGCCUGCUUCAGUGAUACAACCAAAUCACCCGAUUCCAACAGCCGGUUAUCAUUACCAACUCCGCACUCACAUUUCCAGGACAUAUUAUGGCGAGAAAAUGCGACUGUUUCCGAUUUCAUCAACAGUCAUCACCAUCAUCACCACCACCAUCAUCAUCACCAUCACCACCACCAUCAGCACCAUCUCCAUCACCGGCCCUCGUCCUACACCUACAAAUCUUACGAACCGGAUGCGGUUACGAUGAUUCGCGGAGCAAACACAUGCAGCAAGGAUACACUGCUGUUCAUAGAUCAACAAUCGCAUGCUGCCGGUCUCGAUCGGAUUGUGCUGGACGAUGACGACGAUGCGGAUGAUUUGAUGAGUAGCAACCGGGCGCUCUGGAUAUCACCCGUCACACCGCAUAAGCUAAUAACGGUCUCACCGAAAAACUAAUGCUCUACAAAAGCAUGAUUUAUGAGCAAAGCCUGCCACCAGCCAAAACCAGCCCAACCCAGCCCUCUGAAUCCAUCGAAAAAAAAGCAUGAAAACUAGAAUGAAAAGGGUAACAGUAACAGUAGAGUUUUCGAAAAAUAUUAUGUAUAUUAGUGUGUAGCACACUCCCAGAACGUGCGCGCCUUUGUGUCAAGAGGUCCGAACAGAACUGUGCAUCAGCGCGCAUCUUGGGUUUGCGCUAACGCACAGUUCCGUUCAAGCGCUAUUUGUUUUCUAUUUUUUGUCCUUUAUGUCGAACACGGUUUGUUGAUUGUUUAUUUUUUUAUAAUUAUUCGUUUUUAUGUUA